AUGGCUGCCGCACCUCAAUCGUUCUACGAGCUUUACCGCCGUAGCAGCAUCGGCCUUGCGCUGACAGAUAUGCUGGAUGAUUUAAUCAGCGAGGAGCGAAUUCACCCUCAGCUGGCGAUGAAGAUCUUGGCCAACUUCGAUCAGGCUAUUACAGAGGCCCUGCAGAAGAGCGUCAAGGCCCGCCUGACCUUCAAGGGCAGUCUGAGCACCUACCGUUUUUGCGACGAAGUCUGGACGUUUCUUAUCAAGAAUGUUCAAUUCAAGCUUGACAAUGGUGGGCAGAUUGUGACAGCCGACAAGGUCAAGAUCGUCAGCUGCAACGCCAAGAAGCCGGGUGAAGGCCCUUGA